AGAAAGGAUUCGUCACCUGUGAAGCCCCUCUCCUCCAUCCUCGCCCUACCCAAACUCCUCCAAACACCACACACGCCAGCCCAAAUCAACGCCCUCUGGACAGCCUACCACGCCUCCCGCUCCGGCGGCACAGGCCGCGGCUACAUCUGCGCCUCGAUGCCUCUAGAGACGUAUGAACGCAUGCUCGGCGUCGCCGCGAAAUGGCCGUCGUUCAUCCUGCCACUCCCGAGGGAAAUACCCGCCAACGUUCCGACAGCAGAUGGCACGACGACGACAGAGAAAGAGAAAGGACACGAGUUCCAUUACAUGCAAUGGGCGACGCACGACCCGCCUGCACUCCCUUCCGCAGACGACUCUCCUUUUCCUCCUUCCACUUCACCGCCUGCGCUCGAUCCAUUGCUCCUGGGAAAACAGAACCCGAAAACAGCGAUGAUCAUCUUCACGCCGCUAUUAGAAUACAAAAUGCGCCAAACAUUCGCGACGCCCUACCUCGUCCUCACAUUCUACACCGACCUCGCACAUACACACGGUCUCGUGUUGCUGCGGGGCGAGAUCACUCCUUCAUCAAGUUCGAAUGAAAAGGAGUGGAUGCUGAGCCAGGAGGACGCGCAGUUAUUGACGAUGGGGUUGCAGAGGUUUUAUUUGUGGCCUGUCGCUGCGGAGGGAGAGGGCGAGAGCAAGAAGGAGACGGCGGCGAAGGAGGUGUUGAGGAGGUUUCAUGAGGAGCCGGAGAGGUUUGAUUGGGAGGAUGUGGUAAGGUUGGCGGGGGAUGUUGGGGUUUGA